AUGGAUAUUGUGGCCAAUUCAUGCAAAAGCUUGCUGGAUCAGUUCCUGCAGGAAAGGGAGCCAACUGCUCUGGCAGAGGGCAGAAUCAUGGCUGUAACAGAUCCACAUGACAACUUAAUGAAUCAGUUCCUGAAUGAACAGGAACCAACUGCUCCCCCAGCAGAUGAGAUGAGGGAUCUUUUUGAGGAAAUAUGCAACAGUGAACUUCCAUCCACACAGCAAUCUCUUCAAAUGGAACAAUGGGGAUUGGCACCUGUUCCAUGUUGUGAUCAAGUAUCUCACUAUCAUGGAAACACCACUCCCAGUGACAUGCCAUUCAAUCCCACCCUCAAUAGGCACCUUGUGCAGGCUGUGAAUGCCAUUGCAAGAGAAUUGGGCACAGCUGCAAGGGACCAGUAUGGUGCAGCCUCUCAGGGCCUUCAACUUGUCAAUAUGCUCAAUUUGAUGGAAGUCAUUCAUUAUCUGCAUUCCACCUUUGAAAAUUGUCCCAAGCCAUUCAUUGCCAGCCAAUCACACCCAUCUCACCAGUCUGUGGUAGAGAUGGGCAUCCUCUACUUGGUGUGCCAGAUCAAGGUGGCCUCUGUACAUCUGAAGCAGACUGCUGAUAUCGCAGGAUGGCCUGUGCAUUGGUUUGCAAACCUAGCAAUGGACUUGAAUCAGCUUAAUAGCUUGAUUCUGGUGACAGUGUUGCAUUCCAGUUAUACUCCUCCCCUCCCAGAAUGCUACCAUGUGUACCUCAGACACCAAGAUGAUGAACUGAUCCCAAUUCCAGCUUUGCAUUCCCUUGGUGGCUAUAUCAUUCCAAGGAAUAUGCAGUGGAUUCCCAAAGAUUUCAAGGCAAGUGAUUGUUUUCCAUGGCCUGGGAUUUUUUUAAGGGCUUAUGGCCAUUGCCUGAGGCGCCAAUUGCAGACCAUCUCAAUGGCCAUAUCAAGGAGCAGGUGGUGGGCAUUGCAUGGGUUGUUGGGCAUGCUGCUUCAAUAG